AUGAGCUCUACCUCGUCUGGUGGUAGUGGUAGUGGGAGGAAUAAUGAUGGUGGAAAUGUGGAGAAGCCAUUGGGCCCGAAUCAGGAUCAAUUGCCGCAUGUGAGUGAAGAGGCUGCAGCGACGGCUAAGAUUUUGGAUAAGAAAUGUGGUGAAGUUGGUGGACCUGAGUUGGAGCAAGGGACGCCAGUGGCAGACAUCCUUAAACGAGACAAGGAUGCUCUUAAGAAUAUGCCAAAGGUUCUACGCGAUGAACUUGCUUCGAGCCAGAGUGGAAGCGGCUCUAAACGAUCGUUCUCAACCUCCUCCAGGCGCCAGGAUGAACAGAAGGAGGUUAAGGAUAUGUCGUCAACUGAUCCUUCGGUCGCCACUGUUGCUAAUAUGCUUGCGGCAUCAAACCGAGGGGAAUCCGUUGAAGUUGGACAAGGAAUUCCAGAAGGCUUCAAGUUCGAACCGCCGACUCUGCCUCUUCCACCAAAUGAGCGUGUCAAUCGCCGAUACGAGCCAUUGGUGGAACAGUUUACCAAGCUAAUGAUGAAGGAUGGCAAGCUGUCUCUUGCUCAGAAGCACAUGGCCAGAAUUCUAGAGCAUCUCCGAACCGCUUCUGCGCCACACGUCGACCCAUCAAAGCCAUUCCUCCCCGGUCCUCCUGCACCACAGCUCCCCCUGAACCCCGUCCUAUAUCUAACUCUUGCCGUUGACUCGGUUGCUCCCCUUUUCCGAAUCCGAAUGAUAAGGGGUAUCACUGGUGGUGGUACAGCACUUCCUAUCCCAAACCCAUUGGCUCAACGCCAACGUCGUCGAGAGGCAAUCUCAUGGAUCCUUGAAGCUGCCGACAAGCGACGUGACAACAAACUUUCUCUCCGCGUGGCAAACGAAAUUAUCUCAAUCGCCGAGGGAAAGAGCAGUGUCUGGCUUAAGCGUGCAGCAAUCCAUAAGCAGGCAGCGAUGUCCCGUGCAAACAUCCGCAGGUCGAAUCAGAGACAGAAGAUCAAGAGGUCGCUUUAA